AUGUCUAUUUUAUUAAAAAUUUAUUCCCUCUUGUUAAAUAACAUAUUAGAAUUAUUGCAAGCAAAAAGUGGUUUUGACAAUAAUAAUAGUAAUAACAAUAAUAACAAUAAUAAUAAUAAUAAUAAUAAUGACAAUAUUGAAAAACUUAAAUUAUUUUCAAAAUCACAAAUAUUAUUAUUACCACAACCCCAAAUAGAUAACCAACCCUCAUUUUAUUAUCAAGAUAAAGUUGAAUCGAUUAAACCAAUCAUACAGGUAAAGGGUAUAGGAGUUCUUUCAAUACCAUGUAGUGAUGAACAAAUUAGAAAAGUUAUUAAAACCUAUGGAACUCGUGAAUCAUUUGUAAAGGGAUAUGAUACAAUCAAUGAUAUCGAAGUAAGAAAAGUUUGGAAAAUCGAUCCUGAUUCACUAGAGUUUUUAAUUGAUAAACCUCCAAUAAAGAGAGUUUUAAAAUCAAAAUUAAUUAUUGAUCAAUCACCAUCAUCACCAUUUCCAUCACCAUCACCAAUAAAACCAAAAAAAUCAACAAAGGAGCCAAAAGAGCCUACAGAACCAGCAGAACCAACAACAGAAUCAACAAUAGAGGAACCAAAUUCCAUCGAAAAAACAGACGUAAUAAAUAAAAUAGCAGAUGAAAUGGAGGAUAUAUCUACUGGUGAUCAACAAUCUAAUGAAAAGAUACUUGCAAAGGAUAUACCUCAAAUUGAGCCAUCUACUACAAAAACAACAACAACAACAACAACAACAACAACAACAACAACAACAACAACAGCAGUAGUAGCAGCAGCAAUUGAAACAAUUGAACAACCAUCUAAAGUGAUGCUAAAUAAAGAAACUUCUUUGAUAUCCUCAACACCAGAUCUUAUAGAAGUGGAAAAGAAUAAUUUAUCAACAUUACCCACUUCUAAACCAAAAAAAUCAAGAGCAAGAGCAACAAAACCAAAUGGAGAAUCUACAACCAAAUCAAAAAAAACCAAAACAGUUUCAAAUGAAUCAUCAACAGACAUAACAGAAUCAAGUACAUCAGAGCCAACAACAACAGCAACAACAGCAACAGCAACAACAACAACAGCAACAACAGCAGCAGCAAUAACAACAACAAUAACAACAGCAACAUCAACAACAGGAGAAACCAAAACAGAAGAUACUAAAGAAACAACAACACCAAGAGUAAAAAAAACCAAAACAACACCAGAAUCACAAUCACAAUCAACAUCCUCUCAAUCUCAGAAACCGCCAAGAUCAAGAAAACCAAAACCAAAGAAUGAAAUUGAUAAAUGGAAAAUUGCAUUGGAUGAGGUAGUUGAAAAGGUUAAAAAAGGAUUAGGUAUUGAUGAAAAUGAAAUAUUGGAAGCAAAUUUCUCAAAUCUCUACGUUUAUGACAAAGGUGGUAAAUUUUCUAUACCUCAUGUAAAUACUGAAAAAGAUAAGAGAAUGUUUGCAACUUUAACAUUUGUUUUACCAACUCAAUUGAAAACACCCCACAAAGGUGGCCAAUUAUUAAUUACACACAACGGUGAAACCAUUCAAUUAUUUCAAGAGAAUAAUUCACUUGAUAGAGUCAUUGUUAAUAGUAUUAAUAAUGGUGAUAAUAACAACAACAAUAAUAAUAGUAAUAAUAAUAAUGAUGAUUUACUCUCAAAUACACUAACUGAAAGUAUCACUAAAACAACAGCUACAACAACAACAAAAACAACAACAACAACACAAACAAAUAAAGAGAUAGAAACCACAAAUUCAGCACCAAUAGAAAAUUUAGAGGUAGAAAUGUCAUCAUCAAAUAAACUUAGUCCAAAUGAUUUUCAAAUAAAUUAUUCAUCAUUCUAUUCAGAUUGUGUUUGUGAAAUGAACCAGGUUACCAAAGGAUUAAUGGUUUGUUUAGUUUAUAAUUUAAUAAGAAAUGGUAAAAAACCUAUCAACAACAACAACAGCAACAAUAUAGCAACAAAACAAGUUCCUUCAUUAGUAGAUGAAAAUGAUAUUUCACAAGAUAGUAUUUUACCAAUUGAUAAUAAACAAUCACAACAACAACAGCAAGAAAAUAAAAAUCAAAAAGAUAUCCAGGCAGAAAAAGAAAAUAAUGAAAUAGAAAAAGAAAAAGAAAAUAAUGAAAUAGAAAAAGCAAAUGAUAAAGAAGAAGAAUUAAUGGAAAAAUUAUUUAAAUCAAUAUCAAAACAACUUGAAGAGAAACAAAUGACCGGAUAUUUAUUAGAACAUAAAUAUACCUAUAAAUAUUUCGAUUGUUUAAAAGGUAGAGAUAGAAUAGUUGGUGAAAGAUUAAAAAGAAUAUCUAAAGAAUUGGAUUGUAAUUUCUAUUUGACAGGUAUUAAUUUCUCUGGAAAUAUUGAUAUAAACUCUGAAUUAUCAUCAGAAACAAAGACAACAAAAUUAAAAAAAACAACCACAGAAACAUCAACAACAGCAGCAGCAACAAUAACAACAACAGCUAAUUAUUGUAAUUUAUAUGAUUUUUAUGAUUUAGAAAAAGAGAAACAACCAUUAAAAUUCAGUUUAUUUAAUUUCCAAGACUUAAUUUUACCAACAAACUCUUUAAAAUUAUUUCUUUCCAAAAAAUAUAUUCAACAACAACAAUACUAUAAAUGUUUUGAUAGUUUUACAAAUGAAAGUAAACAAAUCUAUAAUCCAACCAUUAUAAUCAUCUUUAAAAAAUGUGACAUGAAAGAAAUUUUAAAAAAAUAUUCUAUUGAUAAAUAUAGAGCGAAUUUACAAAUUUUUAAAUUAAAUUAUAUGAAAAAUAAUAAUAGUAUCAGCUGGGAUAACAACAACAACAACAACAACAACAACAACAACAACAACAACAACAACAAUGAAGAGGAAGUAAUAACAUUUUUAAAAUCAUUACCAGCAAGAAAAUUCAUUGAAUUUGAAAAAGAAAUUAAAGAAUUAUUAGCAAUGGUAUAUAAAAACAAUGAGCAAGGUGAAAUUAAAUUUAAAACUUUGUUAAAUCAAUUUUUAGAAGACCCAAUUGAAUUUAUAAAUUCUUUUUUAUCCAUUAAUGAAUCAAAUAAAAAUGAUAAUAAUAAUAAUAAUAAUAAUAAUAAUAAUAAUAAUAAUAAUAAUAAUAAUAAUAAUAAUAAUAAUAAUAAUAAUAAUAAUAAUAAUAAUAAUAAUAAUAAUAAUAAUAAUAAUAAUAAUAAUAAUAAUAAUAAUAAUAAUAAUAUAAUUGAACAAUUUACAGAAAAAGAAAUAUCAGAUACAUUAUUAAGAUAUAAAAAGAAUGAAUAUACAGAUAUUAGAAAAGUUAAAGAAAGAAUUGAAAUUUUUGAAAAACAAUUAUUACCAGCUCAUGAAAAGUAUCCAGAUAGAGUUAGUUUUAGAGGAUUAAGUUGUUUUUUAGAAACUUUUCAAUCGAAAAUUUUACCACCAAUUUCAUUUGAAGGUGGUAGUAUUAUUGGAAAUGUUAAUUCUUCGAUUGCAUCAACAUUAUCAAUUUCUUCAGCCGUAUCUGGUGCGACGGCAUUAAAAUUUUCAAAUUAUUGGUUACCAAUAUUUGUAAAGUAUCAACCAAAUAGUUUCAUUGAUAACUUACGUACUAGAUUAUUUCAACUUUAUAAAUCAAUUGAAAAACCAAAUGCAACUCAAUACAAUCAAAUUAUUACCUAUUAUGAUCGCGUCAAUCCAUUACUUUUAAAAGAUAAAAUUCAAUUUCAACAUUAUUUCCUAUCACUAUUAAAUGGUUAUAACCUAAGUAAAAGAGAACCAACUAUGAUUCAACUAUUUCAAGUUUGGAUGUUAUAUUUACUUUUAGGUGAUAGUGUUGAAAGAAAUUUCAAUGGUUUCGAUAGUGAUGAUAGUGAUAAUGAAGAUGAUAUUUUCAUUUCAAAAGAUGGUAAAAGUAUUUCAACAAUUAAUCAAAUUAAUAAUAUUAAUAAUAAUAAUAUUAAUAAUAAUAAUAAUAAUAAUAAUAAUAAUAAUAAUAAUAAUAAUAAUAAUAAUAAUAAUAAUAAUAAUAAUAAUAAUAAUAAUAAUAAUAAUAAUAAUAAUAAUAAUAAUAAUAAUAAUAAUAAUAAUAAUUCAAAUAGUUUAAUUAAAAUAAAUGAUAAUAAUAUAACAAAAACUAUAUUAUUAUUACAUAAUGGUCAAAUUGAAUAUGCUAAAACUUUAUAUAAUCAAUAUAAUCAGCAUGAAGAAAACUAUAUGGAAUUAAUUGAAAUUUUUGAUUCAAAUAUUGGUUUAGUUAUAAAUAAUGAAAAUUUUAGUUUUGAAGCAUUGAAAAUAUUUUUAAAACAUUUUACAAAUACUUCAUUUUUAGAGAAAUAUAAAGAUGUUGAAGUUUCAUCCUAUUCAUUUUCACCAAUUCCAGCUUGUGGUCCAAGAAAUUGUUCAGAAUGCGAAGUUGUUAACAAAUUCCUUAGAUCAUCAAAAGAUGUUAAAUUAAUAUUUCAUUCACUUUCAAAAGAUGUUAAAAAUGUAAAGAAUCAUCUCUCUUCAAAUAGUUGUAUUCACAUCAAAGAUUUAAUAAAUUUAAAAACAAGAAAAAAGUUAAAAUCAAAUAAUAAUAAUAAUAAUAAUAAUAAUAAUAAUAAUAAUAAUAAUAAUAAUAAUAAUAAUAAUAAUAAUAAUAAUAAUAAUAAUAAUAAUAAUAAUAAUAAUAAUAAUCAUCUUGUAAGUGAUGAUAAUGACGAUAAUGGUGAUGAUGAUAAUAAUAAUAACAAUGAUAGUGAUGAAUCAAUGAUGUUAUUAGAUGAAAAUCAAGAUGGUAAUCAAACUGAUGAUGAAUACUACUAUUAUGAACAAGGUGAUCCAAGACUUAGAAAAAUAGAAAUUUGUAAAUCUUUACCAAAAGAUUCAAUUCAUAUUGAUGUAUAUAGAAAGCAUUUAGAUGAAUUAGGAUUUUUAUUAAAGUUUUCAAACUAUUCUGAACACUUUUCAAGUUUUAUUCCAAUCUUUGAAGAAGCAAUUAAAAAAUCAACCCUCAAAUUAGAUAAUUGCAAAAAAUAUUAA